AUGUCUCACCGGAGACUUUCCUCUGCGGAAAAAGGAAAAGGUCUCGAUCUUGUUUCUCAACAACCGGCAAGGAAUGCUCGCGAUCAGAAUGCUCGAGGGAUUCCUCCUCUGUCUAGACAUGAUGAGUUUCCUCAAGAAGUGCUUGAUGGUGCGCUCUCUAAGGCACGCGAUGCUAUGAUCCAAUAUACUCUGAGUGCUGAUCCCUCGGAAAGACAAGUUCGUCAGGAACGGAUGAGACAAGCAGAAGAACGAGGACAGUUGGAAAACACUGCACUCCUAAUCGCUCGUGCCGACUCUACCAGAGAUUUGGUUGACAAGGAGUAUCUCCAGGUCACCCCACCGCGCCCCCUGAUGAGCCAAAGAUUGGGACCUAUCGCACCUAUCCAGGAGGCUAACUCAGGGGAAAUCCUUGCUGCGACCACGUCUUCUUCCCGAGACAGACUCCACCCUUCACUCCGUUUGGGACCACAGCCUCUAUCCCCUCCUCGGUCACCCGAGGACAAGGGAGCAAGUCAUUCAGACCGUGUAGAGCGAAUUCCUGCUGUGAUGAGACUCGGUCCCUCAAGUGACCCCCCAAUGAAGGAGCUAGAUACAGAGACAACAACGGCAAAGCGCAAACCAGGCCGCCCUCCAGGAAGUGGCAAGGGGAGUAUUAAGAAAGGCACCCAAGCUGUAGUACCUCCCAGAAGAAGAACGGCAUCAAAUAGGCCUUCCCCGCGACGGAAGGGAGCUAUUCAUGCUGCCACAACCUCUAAAGCUGCAUCAUCCAAAGCAGCUAAAAUGAAAAAUGCCAGAGGUCCUAUUGUAGGGACUGUGAUGAUGGCAAGUUCACGUCCUAUUGGAUCGAAGAAAGCAAAAAUCAAAAGGAAGACUAGCAAAGGCGAGAUUUACUAG